CUGACUGGCAAUGGCAACAUUACCAGUUUUAAUGUCAUGAGUUAAUGCUUGGUUAUAUUUAAUUUUAACUUAACGAUACCGAUUUUAGUCUUGUAUUAUUCAACUUAACACGAAGUGCAGUGAUUAUGACAUCUAUGUAACCUCUUCACCUUACGUAAGGCGCAAUAAAGAUGGGUAACAAAGUUUCAGCAGAGGCAGUACAUAUAAAAUCAGAAAAAAAUGAUAAUCCUCCGCCAGAAUGUCCUAUGCAUAAUAAGGCAAAUGAUGCCACAAAUGCUAAAACUACACCUUCAGAAUGUCCAGUGCAACAUAGCAAGAACGAUAUUAAUCCAUACAACAUGAUGCCUCCAGCAAACCAACAGCCAGCACCAGACCAACCAUUUCCCCUUCCAACAAAUCGACAAGUAUCUACAAUUCCAAGGGCAAUGCCGGAUGGCUCAACUGAGUUUUGGGUUUACCCCAGCCAACAAAUGUUUUGGAAUGCUAUGCUUCGUAAGGGAUGGCGUUGGAAGGAUGAUGAAAUCAAGCAGAAAGAUAUGGAUGAUAUUAUUCGCAUACACAAUGCAAACAAUGAACAGGCUUGGCAAGAAGUGUUGAAAUGGGAAGCACUACAUGCUAAGGAAUGUGGACAUCCCAGAUUGAAAAGUUUUGGAGGGAAAGCAACUGAUUACAGUCCAAGGGCCAGAUUUCGUUCUUGGUUGGGGUAUGAACUUCCAUUUGAUCGUCAUGACUGGAUUGUAGACAGAUGUGGAAAAGAUGUGAGAUAUGUUAUUGAUUAUUAUGAUGGCGGGGAAGUGGACAACAAAUAUCAAUUUGCUCUCCUUGAUGUCAGGCCAGCAAUGGACUCCUUUGAAAAUGUAUGGGACAGAAUGAGAGUUACAUACAUGAGAUAUCGUUAUGAACUGUUAGGAAACAAGGAAAAUACAAAAUUGACUAAUUAACUUUAUUCUGGUAGAAUGUUUUAAGUUAUAUGUUUUAUUUACUUAAAUUGUGUUCUUAAAUGUUACUUCACAUAGUAAGAUUUCAUUGUUAUGUGGGGUUCCUUUGUCGGCAAAAUUUGUCACUGCAGAAACUCUUUGUGAUUCUAAUUUCUUGUAAUAUAAUUCGGUUUUAGUGUCAUAGUAUUAACCCUUGAAAAUUAGUCUUAAAUGAUUGCUUCUCAUGUUAGAUUAUAGAAAUAAGUAAUCAUGAAAGCUGAUUAAAACAUUAUUUGUUAUUACACCAUACAACUACUA